AUGCGCUUCCUCACCACCUCCUUCGCCCUCCUCCUCCCUAUCUCCCUCUCCCUCGCGCAAACCACCGGGCCCUGCGACAACACCCUCGGCGGCCCCUGCGACGGCGUCCGCGUCGCAACGACAUGCUUCGCCUCCAUCGGCAUGGGCUCCACGCGCGAAGUCCCAGCAAACGAAGUGUAUCGCUGCGUGGACGACCAGGAUGCGGAGAGCGCGAAGAAGCAGGUUUGCGCGUGCUAUGGGUGCGAUACUGCGCUCGAGCCUUGGGUUUUGAAGAAUGGCGCUUGGUUGGUCCGAACGCUUUCGGGUUUUUUAUGGAAGCCGCAUUGCGACUCCCUCUUCAGACUUCUCUUUCCCGCUUUCCUCAAACCGACAAUAGCAACCAGCCCACAAUCCACCAUGUACGCGAACGUAGUCCAGAAUCCCGCCCGAUACCCCUUCAGCACCCUCGUCGAAUUCUAA